ACGGUUGUUGACAUGACAACGCGGUAUCAAUAGAUCGGAUCCGUGCGAAAAGAAUCGACACGGAAUGACAACGAACUGAAAGUAAAUCACGUUUUCAGUAACAAAUAGCGUCUUUUGUCUAUCUGUUUUUAAAUAAGAAGGUCAAUAUGGCUAUUGCCAUAGCUCAAGUUAAGCACGUAUUCGGUCUGAAGGGGGAGAUCACAGGAAAUAUCAAUUAUGUCGAUGAACAGACCAUCGUCUACCCCUCCGGGGCCAACACCAUCCUCUACAACAUUGACCAGAAGUCCCAGAAAUUCAUCCCGGGCUCGGACAAGACGCUCGGCACAACCUCCAUGUGUGUCAGCCCUAACCGACGCUACGUGGCCGUCGCCGAAAAGGGGGCGGAGAAAGCCACAGUCACCAUAUACGACCUGCACUCACUGAGGAGGCGGAAGAUCCUCAGCUCCACCGACAUUCAGUCCAAUGAGAUCGUCAGUAUGGCCUUCUCUCCAGACUCCAAGUACCUGAUCGCACAGGGCGGAAGGCCUGAUUGGACGCUGGUGUACUGGACAUGGGAGAAGUCCAAAAUCAUGGCCGUCACCAAGACCACAAAUGCAACGAAUAAUGAUAUCUACCAGGUGUCAUUCAACCCUCAAGACAACACUCAGCUCUGCGUUGUGGGUAACGGCAUCUUCAAGCUGUACCGCUACAGCGAGGGCAACCUGAAGCAGUUUGCCUUCCAGAAGAUGGAGCCUCAGAACUUCCUGUCUCAUGCCUGGGUGUCGGACGAGAGGGUCAUUGUCGGGACAGACAACGCCAAGCUGCUGCUGUUCGAAUCCGGGGAGCUGAAAAAUGAGCUGGCUGUCGUGGUGUCUCCACAGAGCAAAGAUGCUGACAGGAGUGGGAUGGGCAGUAUCGCAGAGACAGAAUUCGCUAGCUCAGGCCCACCCACCGUGACUGCCAUCGUAGCUUACUCCAAAGGCUUUGCCUGCUCAGGAGGCAAAGGCAUCGUCCAUCUGUAUGAGAAAACGGAGGACAAAGACUUCUACAAGAAGACUAGAGAGAUAAAGAUUCCUCACGAUGUCCUUGGCGGUGACCCAUCCAGAGCAGAGGCCCAUGAGAUCAAGAUGUUGACAGUCAGUCCGUCCGAGGAAACGCUGGUAGCCAGUACGACAACCAACCAGUUAUAUUGCAUGACGCUGUCUAGUGCUGACCUGGGCAAGCAAGGAGACCUAGCGACCUUUGAACUCCUGGCCCAACCUUUCCACUACAACAUGAUCACUGGUUUAGACGUAUGCGGCAGGAAACCACUCAUCGCUACGUGCUCAGUGGAUCGAACGGUGCGCAUCUGGAACUACGAAACUACAGCUCUUGAGUUGUACAAGGAGUUCCAGGAGGAGGCAUACAGCAUCGCGCUGCAUCCCUCCGGUCUCUAUGUCCUGGUGGGCUUCAGUGAUAAGCUACGUCUUAUGAAUCUACUUAUUGAUGACAUUCGUACAUUCAAGGAGUUCACUAUCCGUGGCUGUAGGGAGUGUUCGUUCAGCAAUGGAGGGCAUGUGUUUGCAGCGGUCCAUGGCAACGUCAUUCAGAUUUACUCCUCAACUACCUUUGAGAAUGUCAGCAACCUGAAAGGACACAAUGGCAAGGUCCGAUCGGUGGUAUGGAGUGCCGAUGACAGUAAGAUCAUCUCUUGUGGCAUGGACGGCGCGGUGUAUGAGUGGAACGCUUACUCAGGCAAACGUGAGGGAGAAAGCGUCCUGAAGUCCUGCAGCUACACGUGUGUCACAUCGACGCCGGACGGCAAGACUACGUUUGCUGUCGGCUCUGAUCGGACUCUCAAGGAGAUUUCAGACUCACAGAUCCUACGUGACGUAGAUGCACAGGACAUCACACUCACUCAGGUCGCUAUGUCUCACAGCGGCCGCAUGCUGUUUGCCGGUACUAACACCGGUACCCUGCGCUCCCUCAAGUUUCCGCUUACCGUGCCUGGAGAAUGGCAGGAACAUAUGGGCCAUGGCUCCUCGGUCACCAAGAUGCGAAUCACCUAUGAUGACCAAUACCUGAUCACCGUGUCGGAGGACGCUGGUCUCAUGAUCUGGAAGAUCAGCGAUAAGGAGGGGCGUGGCUUGAAGCGUGACAAGGAGGUGGGAUACGCCGAAGAGAUCCUGAUCACCAAGUCAGAUUUGGAAGAAAAGAACACUGUCAUGGCAGAGCUGAAGCAGCGAGUGGAAGAGCUCAAGAUGGAGAACGAGUAUCAACUUCGUCUGAAGGACAUGAAUUACAACGAACGCAUCAAGGAACUGACAGAGAAGUUCAUCCAGGAGAUGGAGUCUCUCAAGACCAAGAACCAGGUCCUCAAGACGGAGAAGGACAAAGAGGAGGCUAAACAUGAGGAGGAGCUAGCUGAGCAGAUCGAGAAACAGAAUAAGGAGCAGCAAGAUCUUGAAUCGGCCAAUAACCAGAAGUUGAUGAUUGAGUAUGAGAAGUACCAAGAGCUGCAGUCUAAGAGUCAAAAGAUGCAGGAAGACUAUGAACGUCAGCUGGCUGAGACGGAGGAGUCUAAGGAACAGGCUCUGGAGGAACUGACUGAGUACUAUGAAACCAAGCUUCAGGAGAAGACCACUCUGCUUGAUCAGGCCCAUGAUGAGUCCAGACAGCAGAUGCGCGAGUAUGAAGAGACCAAGAAACAGAUUGAAGAGGAUGCAGACAGGGAGAUCUUAGACAUCAAGAACAAAUACGAGAGACGAUUGAGAGAUGAGAAGGAGGCUAAUAUGAGGCUGAAGGGAGAGACGGGAAUCAUGAGGAAAAAGUUCACCAGCCUACAGAAGGAGAUUGAGGACCACAAGGAUGAGAUUAAGAAGCUACAGAAUGAGCAGACCAAACUACAAGGAGUCAUCAAGUCGCUGGAGAAGGACAUCUAUGGGUUGAAGAAAGAGAUCCAGGAACGAGAUGAGACCAUCCAAGAUAAGGAAAAGAGAAUCUACGACUUGAAGAAGAAGAACCAGGAGUUGGAGAAGUUCAAGUUUGUCCUGGACUACAAGAUCAAGGAACUCAAGAAACAGAUUGAGCCUAGAGAGAAUGACAUCAAAGCCAUGAAAGAACAGAUACAAGAGAUGGAGAGUGAAUUGGAGCGAUUCCACAAACAGAACACGCAGCUGGAGUUGAAUAUCACUGAACUGAGACAGAAACUCAAAGCUACAGAGAAGGAGAUGUACAUGGAGAGACAAAAGGUGCGAGACACUGAAGCAAUCUGCCGCCGUUUCAAGACUGAUCUUCACAACUGUGUUGCAUACAUCCAGGAGCCGAAGAAGUUGAAAGAGAGCAUCAAACAGUUGUAUGCUAAACACGUGCAGGACGACACAAUUGAGUCUGCGAGCGUCGACGCAGACAUACAGCGGGAGUACAGCCGACAGCGCAAGCACCUGGAGCAGAGCGUGGCGUCGCUACGCAAGAAACUUACCAAGGAUACCGAGAUCCACCGAGCUGACAAUGUCCGAAUCAUGCAGGAAAACGUUUCCCUGAUCAAAGAAAUCAACGACCUGCGACGGGAGCUGAAGAUCGCCCGCACCCAGGUCCACGAUCUGGAAGCCGCCCUGGGCAUCAACAAGAAGAACAAGAACCAACAGGCAGAGCAGCAGCAAGCAGACUCCUCAUUCUCCAUGAACGGUGUCAGCAACGGGAUGGCAGGCGGUAUGACCAGCCGGGAGGGCAAGCAUGAUGAGAACAUACGCAUCAUCGACAUGCAGCGCAGCGAGAUACGCAAGUUACGCAUGCAGCUCAUGGAGGCUGAGCAGAUGGCUGCGCAGAGACCGCCCUCUGGAGGCCGGCUACCGCCAGUCCUGGCUCAGUAGUCGCAGCGGGAAAAUAAAAUCCUUACAAAAUUGGGAGAUUCAUGUUUUUGAAGUGGUAUCAGAAAAUUGCAACUUUUGCUUUUUAGGGAGCCAUCUCCAAGUCCAUACAAGUAUUAAGCAACAUUGCUCUUUUCAGAACUGAGCUGAUUGUGUGUUGGGUUUUAGGUUUUUAUUUUUGUAAAGUUAUCAGCAGUAUAUGCACCGUCAUUUAAAAACUAAACGUUCACAGACAGAAGCUUGUGAGAAGAUUAACGCUGCUUUGGUUUUCAAGGCCCCAUAAAUUUAUAGACUAACACAAGAUCGCAUCUUUAAAGAAGACAAGAGCAUGCCCAGAAAAUGCUUAUAGAAGAAAUCCCGAUGCACAAGCAGGGUUCCGAGACAACUUGCUACAUUUGUGAUCGUUUUCAAAUCUCAGCAAGCCACUGGGGAUUUUAUGAACAUCCUCAGACCACUCCAUUAAACCCUUCCCUUAAUUUUGUACUCUUCCAUCAAAACUAUAGCACAUGAACAGAAUUAAACAGCAUGUCGUUAUCCGUAUGUUUUCUUCUAAACCUGUCAAAAAGUGCCUGCCAAUUCAUUUUAUUUUUUUUGCAAGUUACCAAGAAUUGAAAAGUUGCCUUCUUACAGAUGUACAAAUUGUAAAACUAAUGUAAAUAAAUUUGUUAUGUACUUUUGUGUGGUUGAUGUGGUUGCUAUAGAAGUGCCUGUUUCAACAAUAAUUUAAGAGAUUUUUUGAUUUUCUUUUUCCAAAUCUGAUAGAAAAUGUAUUUAUUGUCUUCCUAGAUUCGUUAGUUUAGUAUAAUUAUUUACUUUUGUACAUAUGACUGCAAACACUUAUGCUUUUUAAACCGUCCAAAAUGAAGACUUCCUUUUUUCCACCGAAAAAUUCUCAUUGCCUUAUAAUUAAACCGUCCAUACUGUAAUUUUUAAGCAAGAAUUUUGCCUUAUGGUCAAUAUUAAAUGAAAUUCCGAAGCAAAGAAAAAAAUAGAAAUUGAAUAGUACAGAUUUUUUAAAAAUUGUCUCUUAUAAUUAACAAGUAAAACAGCAUUCCAUUCUCAACUUGAAUACAACUGUAUUUUGCUGGUUUCAAUGAUUUGAUUGUAAAAUAUGCAACUUUGUGAUAUGUAAAUAUAAAUCCAAUAAAGAUAUUCCGUCCUAACCAUUUGCGUACACAUUCA